AUGGACUUCCUGGACAGCAUCCAAAAUCGGUUUGAGAACAGUAAGAGCUCCGAUAAUGAAAAAAAUGGGAUUAUUGAGGACCUCAUCGCGCGGCUUCAAAGCGUGGAGAAUGAGUUGGAGUCUCAUAAGUCUAAGGCAAUGGACCAUAUUACAAUGGUCCGAGACCACUACUUGGAGAAAAUCAGCGAGAAGGAAGCAGAGUUGACUGGCCACCAGCAUGAAAUUUUAUCGUUUGUCUCGCUGCUCAUCGACGCUGACUGUAUGAAUUUCGACGACAAACUUGUUAAGAAGGGCUACGAGGGCGGCCACGAAGCCGUUCGAUUGCUUAAAACAAGUACACUACAAUACAUGCGGAUGGAGAAGCCUAAAAUACCCUCGAGAGUCGAUGUGAGGAUCCGAGUUUAUGCCAACGUGGCCGGAUUGAGCAAAGCAUAUCGUGAGGCUGCCAUUAUUUCCAAUCCUGCAGAUUUCAUGUCUUUUGUGCAAGGCUUCAACAUGGAGGAUGGUCUCUGUGAUUUUGUAGACGCCGGAACAGGGAAAGAAUGCGCUGAUACAAAGCUCAAAGCUGUAUUUGAGCAGGAUGUUACAGAUGUCCACUGUUGCCAUAUUCUGUUUGGUGGAUCCGGGGACAACGGAUAUGCCCGGCUCCUCAGUCCACACGUUGACUCCCCCAAGAUCACGCUAUUAGAAGGUACGCCUUUCGAGAGGGAGCUCCGGGGAAUAGCCGAGAAGCUCGGCAGCACCGUCUUUCAGGGGAUCUUCCGUACAUCUAAACUCAGUCCUCAAACGGCCCCGUCUUCAUCGACUGCACCUGGGAGACCAGUGCCAGACUACGCAGCAGCGGUGCGGACUGGUUCAGAACGCCCUGAAACAUCAAAUCCAACGACCAGUUUGGCAAAUGGAGGUCAAAGCGAAGUUAAACUAAGAAUUCUCAGGAACGCCCAGGGCCAGCGAAUCGACCCAAAGCUCAGCGUUCCUCAGCAGGUGGUUAACCAGAUAAAGGGCCGCAAGCUUUGUAAUGAGUACCAUAUCCUGGGAACUUGCGACUAUGGAGAUUUCUGUUCGCAUUCCCACGGGCCCAGAAAGACAGGCUUGGAGCUACUUGCCUUGAAACAGCUGGCGAGAACGCGCGCCUGCUGGUCAGGGUCUUUCUGUGAGAAUGAGUAUUGUAUUUACGGGCAUUGCUGCCCUUGGCCGGAGUGCAAAGGUCAGAGCUGCAAAUUUGAUUCCUCUCUUCAUGGGAUUGAUCAGAAAAUUGUUGAAGUGGUGGUAGUCAAGUGA